UUGUCUGAGUAAACAUGAUCAGAGAGAAACAGAACUGUCUCCAACUGUUAAACCAGGACAUACCAAACCAUCUUAAAGCCUACUGCAAGAGCCAUUGUUGAUUGACUCCUGAGCCAACAGGGGUAAAGAAUCUGGAUGACACUUCCAAUGUUGAGCCGUAAGCGGCCUCUGUGUAAUGGAUACGAUAAGGAGCCUCCACUGUACACAAAGAAAUGUUUGGCCAGUCUGAAAACUCUCCGGGAGAAAUAUCAAAGAGACAGAGACACAGAGCAUUUCAGACUGAAGACAGCCUUCGGUAGCCCUUGCUUUAAUGGAGGCACAAAACACCUGACAGACACUCAGAGCUUUUAUGAGCAGAUAUCGUCAUGGACUGACACACAAUACUCUGUGAGGAAAGUGCUGGAGCGGCUCAAGUUCACACAAAGCACAGAUGACAUUUUCCUCAGUGACUCGGUGAACAAGAAGUUUCUGGCGUUUCUGCAGGACAUCACGGAGGAAUGUGGCUCAGAAGAUAAGCAGCAUUCUUGGGCUGUUAUUGAGAAACAGGAGGAGGUGGUCAUGUAUGGACCUUAUUAUCCAAACUACAACAACGGAUUACACAGCGAGGAUAUCAUUAUUAAACAAACUGAGGAACUGCUGCAGUCUCAGGAUGUCUCAGAAGACUGGACAGUGUUUGUAUUUACAAUGAACAGCCCGUGUUUGGCUAGAAACACUGACCCAUGCAUGCUGAACCUGGUCCAGACUGCUCAUACGUGGUGGAGUGUUUACGGAGUGAAGACUCAUAUUGGUUACAUGAAAUGUUGGGGCUUCAAAGGAACAAAAGAAAAUCUGUUCAGGGAUAUAAACUACAGCCAGGUGGACUGUAUAGAUCAAAGUCAGGACUAUGAGAGCUAUUUAAAAGCAACUGAGAAGAAAACAGAUCUCAAUCCUGUUUGUGAGAAUAUGUUUUCUGCUGUGAAGCACCUCCUGAAAUCUACAUGUUUCCCUUCUCUAAACAUGGUGCAAGAGCAGGACUGGAGUAGCUACUUCACAAGUAUGCUUAGUAUUUAUGAAUGCAAACCAGAGGAGGAGAAAGAAAUCCUCACACAGGACAUAAACUCUGUUGUCGAAGCUGCACAAGCUCUGUUUUCAGAAACAAGUGGAUGUUUGUCGGAAUAUUUAGACAGAGGACGAGCAUUUGCAAUGGAUUACACUUUUAGUUCACAACUUUCUGAUGCCGUUCAGGAUCAAAUAAGACUCGCAUUUCAUGAGUGUUGGAGAGAUUUCUUACAGAAUAAACAUGUCACAUUCGUCAAGGAGACGCUGACUGAAGAUUUCAACCGAUGUGCUGUGCAACUUUUUAUCAAAGAUGUUGAAAAGUUUGCGGGAAAAUACCUACAAGUUGGAAGGCUACAGUUUUCAGAAGACGUUCGACAAGGUGUCAGUAAUCAAGCCUUAAGCUAA